AUCAUAGUCCUGUAAUUAUAAAAGAAUUAAAGCAUACUAUAUGCUAAAGUAUUUGGUAAUAGUACUAGAGAAAGUGUAUUUGGGAUCUAAUAUACUAACUAAUCUGUUAAAAGUCAUAUAGAAACGAGCCUUAGUUGUGUUCCCCGUGUUCAAUUUGAUAAGCAUUUUCUGUGAUUGAGGUAUAAUUUACGUCACAUUCGGCGUUUACGGACAUUUGUCGAAAAUGUAUUUGGACAAAAUUAAAACUAGGCCAGUAAUGUAACUGUCAACGUCAUUCACCAUAUGAUUAUGACAGAUCUGUCAGACAUACAUAAAUAAAUAAAUGUUAAAGUCGCCUUCGCUCGCUCGCUUCCCAACAACUGGGCAAGCACCGACCGUGCACCAACUUCACUUUCACUGCAUAAACCUCAGUAUAAUCAGCAUAAACGAAUCAGAUUUUUAAAUCAAUCAACGUCGAGUUUAUCAGUUCUUUCUUCUUCAUGUUUGCCUUUGCAAGCAUUUUUUUACAUGCAAUGCAGUAUCAGCUUAAAGAAGCACGAGUACUAUUCUGUUACCAUUUGCAUCACAUACUUGAUUCCAUUUCAUUAUGAAUUAAGCGCCCUUCUCUGGUUAUCUAUGCGUCUAAAUUACAUUAUGUUGUGUACAAUGUGAAGGAAUGUUUUAUUGAAAGUUGUGAUGUGAUGAACCAAUCAAUAUUUUGAUUGAAUUCACCAACACAGAUUCUAGAUCUUAUUUGAACAGGAGACUCAAAAUGACGUUAACAAAGGAAGUAAGAUUGUCAGAAUGGUACUUUGGAGGACUGGCAUCGGCUGGAGCUGCCUCCAUGACUCAUCCUUUGGAUCUGCUUAAAGUGCAGAUGCAAACACAAAAAGGAAAAAAUGUUUCCAUGUUGAUGUUAACUAAAACUGUUCUGAAAAAUCAAGGAAUAUUUGGUCUUUAUAAUGGAAUAUCCGCAUCACUUCUAAGGCAGUUAACAUAUUCAACUGCAAGAUUUGGAAUAUAUGAAGUUUGUAACCAACGGCUUGCUCCUAAAGAUGGCAGGCCAAUGCCGUUUUAUAUGAAAGCCUUCUUAGCAGGUCUAGGAGGAUUCGCAGGAGGAUUUGUUGGCAACCCUGCAGAUUUGGUUAAUGUCAGGAUGCAAAAUGAUAUGAAGUUACCACCAGAUCAAAGGAGAAAUUACAAGAACGCCAUCCACGGGCUGUGGCGGGUGGCGGCGACGGAGGGCGUGCUGCGGCUGUGGGCCGGCGCCUCCAUGACGUCGGGCCGCGCCGUGCUCAUGACCAUCGGACAGAUCGCCUUCUACGACCAGAUCAAGUCCAAGUUGCUGCUCACGGGCUACUUCGACGACAACGUCAUUACACAUGUCACUUCUAGUUUAUUAGCGGGAGGUAUCGCGACAACGAUGACGCAGCCGGUAGAUGUCCUCAAAACAAGGCUACAAAACGCAAAACCCGGUGAAGUGAAUAGCCUUCUCCAACUCGUCAAGAAUACGGCAAAGGAAAGUCCUUUGGCAUUUUUCAAAGGGUACAUUCCGGCGUUCGCGAGACUUGCACCUCAUACUAUUCUAACCUUCGUGUUACUUGAACAACUUAGACUCAAUUUUGGCAAGAUCCAAAUCGUACCUGCAUAGGUUUCAGUAGGAAUUUAGUACAAUUUAAAUACGGCAACAUUUAGAUUUUUAAACGGUUUUAUUUAUUAUGAUUUAGUUGCAUUUAGAACAUUCGCAGUGUUACCUUUAUUACUUGCAAAUAUAAGAGUAUAAUUAAAAGUGUAGUAUACAUGAAUCGUCGUUGUAGCACUUCAAUGCCAUUUAGGAUAUUAAUGUCUGAUAUUAGUGUGCUUUCUUAUUAUAAAUGUAUAAUGUAUGUGUAAAUACAUAAUUAAUGUGAAGUUACUUGCGAUGUUUAUCAGGUACUUGAACUGUUAGUUGCCAACAAAUAUUUCUUUUAUUAAGUUGUGCAUUUUAUAAUUAUGCUACUAUUUAUUUUGACUACUUUGCUUGUGUUUUAUCAAAAUGAAUAUUUAUUAUUUAAUCCGACAGAACGAAAGUCUAUUAAAAUACAGUCUUCUUGUUCCCAUUGGGUUUGUGUCCGAAUAACAAGCAUUAUGUAUUUAUAUUUUCGUGGCUGUGAUGGUUUGAUUGGCUGUCAGGCAAAGUGAGACAAAAUAUAUGUUCCAAUCCGGACACAGUGAUCCGGCGAUUUCUUACAUUAAAAUUAAAUGAGAUUAUAUUUUUUUAUUUGCAGUAUUUUAGUUAUAUUAAAAGAUGAGUUUGUAUUUUGUGCCAAAUAGUAAUUUUUAGAGAUCAAAUAUGUUUGUUCCAAUACAUACUCAGGUUUAUUUUUUGACGUUAUAUAUUUGAAUCCACAAUUACAUUCCUGUGGAAAUUAUAAAGGAAACUGAGCAUUUUUUGUGGGAAACUGCUGUUCAACAGCACAUUAUUUUGUAAUAAUAUAAGAAAUUAAAUACUAGGAAAUGGUCCAUGUACCAACGGAAACAGGCAUCAUUUCUUACCUUUUUAAAUUUACUACUGAUAUAUACGUAUACAAACACAUUUGCAUACAUAGUAUGCAUCGCAAAUGGUAAUGGUGACUCUCGCGUAGCUUUUCAAUUUCGUAACAAGCGGUGAAAGAGAUAGCAGUGUUUGGUGCAUAGCAUGAAUCAUGUCAAACACAUGUCAAAACACUUUGAACACGUUUUAUGGUGAGCCUGCCUAUGCGUGUACGCGUAGGUAGGCUCACCAUAAAACGUAACUUUUGGUAGAAGUUAUAGUUAUAAAUCGUAAAAAAAUAUUAAUGAGAUGACGUCAUAUUCGUAAAAUUUACUCCCAACACACAGUUUUGCUAGUCACAAAGUUGUUUGAAAAUGAGUUUGGAUAUAAUAAAAAGUAAUUAACAUUUUCUCAUUUUAUUUAUGUAUGCGAUGCCACUGUUUAAAGCUGUCUUUGAGUAACUCAACAUUUGUACCAAAUUGUAAAGCUUUUGGUUCAUAAUAUAGAAGUAUUGCCCAGUUUCCUUUAAUGUACACAUUUUUAAGUGUAGAUACGAAGCGUUAUUUAUUUUAAUCUUUAUAAGAAUAAUUAUGAUAUUAAAACUUUCAUAUAGUGUUGAUUGACUUGCCAAGUGUUACUUAAUUUCAUUCCUAUAUAGACAGAUAUACUGUUAUAUUUUUAUAAAAUUUAUUUUCCAUCACUUCUGUGAUUUGGAAUUUUGUUUUUUUACACUUGAUAUGAAUUUUAUGAUACACCUUGUAACUGACAAAAAAAAUAUUUCGUUAUAAUAAAGUUACUACUCCAUUGUUGUUGAUUAUGGUUGUCGUUUGUUAAUAAAAUGUUAUCUGGUCA